GUUCGGGAGAGAAAAGUGCCAUGGAGACUGAGGGGAGGCAGUUUUCAGAUUUUUACAGAAACUCGAGCGAGGAGCUGUUUCUCAAGUCAUUGAUGGAGAGUUCAAUCGGGAUGCCAGUUCCAACCAUGGAGAUGCUGGGGUUUAAGAAUCUUUCUCAGAAUUUUCGUGCAGAUAGUGAGGAGCUUUUCAGAAGCUGGCUCACCAAUGGAGAGAAUCAGGGUCACAAUUCUUCGAGCAUAGCACAUCGUACUCGACAAGCAUCACGAAGAUUAUCUACCGAGAUGGCCAGUUUGUCGUGUCAGCAACCUGGAACUUCGCUUCAAAAGAAAAAGAGCAGCGAUGACUUGUUUUUGCAGAAUAAUUCCAUUGGGGAAGAAACCUUAGGGGACGUCAAUCAAAAUUCCAUGAGGACUGCUGUAGAAAAGGGAUUGCAGGCUAGUAAUUUGUAUCUGGCCAAGGCAUGGUUUCAUAGUUCACAGCCCAUGACAAGAAGUAGAUCUUCUGAACUAAGGAGGAGGUAUGCUGCUAUGCAAAAUGCUCAAACAUCACUUGGCAUGGAGGAUGUACUCAAUUCCUACGGAAAUGGUGUCAAUAAAAUGAAAGAAGAAUUAUCAGAUCCAAAUGGUUUCAAUGGCAUCCCCAUGUGUGAGAUUCCUAAUCAACUGGGAACAUUCAUGUCCCCAACAAAUUCGUCCUCCUCCACUUUUAAUGCACCCCAAACAGGAAAUGUAGACAAAGUAUCUUCUGUUGUCAGCAUGCUAAAGGGUACACUAGAACGCAAAAAGCUUGGCAACCAGAUUGAGAAACAAGCUUGUGAAGAUAGUUCCAUUAUGCCUAAUAGCACCUUCAACCAGGGACAAGGAAAUCUUUUUCAUGAAAUUCCAGGGGCAUUUGCAGAAGUAUCCCUUGGCCAAGUACCAAAUGCCGGGGUUGUGCAAGUUGUUCAAGGGCCUAUGGAUCUUGACCUGGAAGGUUUUGUAAAUCCCACAAACACAAUUCAGAUGAGCACAGUUUCUCGAGAAGCCUCUCAAAGUGAAUCCUCAGCUGCUGCUCCGGUGGUUUCAUCUGGUUUUGAUGCAUGUGAUGGCCCCAGCAACUCAAGUCAAACCUUAAGCAUUUGUGAAAGCUCAAAGAAACAAGUUGGAAAUGGUAGGAGCUCAGAAAAUGGCUGUAAAUCUAAAGCGGAUUUCCGAGAACGGAUAAUUGAUAAUCUGAAAGAUGAUCGGAAGAGGGGAGGCCUAGUACGUUAUGGAUCUGUGACAUCAGCUGGUUCUGCAGACAGGGCAGACCCAACGAAAAAACGAAGAGUGGAGCGGUCAAGAAAAAUGGCAGAGGCAAAAGAAAGGAAUUCAACCCCUGCAAUUCCAUCCGACAUGCAAUCAGUCUUGAAGCGUUGCGAAACUCUUGAGAAGGAAGUUCGUUCACUCAAACUCAACUUGUCUUUCAUGAACAGAAAGGACUCGGAGCAAACUAAGCAGAUAGAAGAGCUUCAAAAGCAGAAUGAGGAGUUGACAGAUGAAAAGGAGCGCCUCUUGGAAGAGAUUGAGAGGAUCAUUGCGGAUUCAGGCAACAUGUAAAAACAUGCUUUCCUAUAGACGGGACUGUUGCCACCUCAGAUGUUGUCGGCAGGUUAAGCAGCUCAAGUUGUGGCUGACAGCAACAGGAAAUUUCCAAAGAUUAUACAAAACUGAAAACUCUACCCCUAGCUAGGCAUCUAAAAUUGGCAUGAAUAUACAAAGCAUAGCCGCAUGGGCAUCGUUGUCUGCCGAGAUUAUCUUUGUGUGGGUUUGUCCAGCAAAAUGAGCAAAUAGUUGCUGAAUAUAAAGCCUAAAGCUAAAGAGUGAUAAGCAGCCCGUUUCCUUGCCUCCAACUUGUAUAAAGCAUGGUCUCAGCUUUAACUUGAAACGUCUGAUCUGUUGCAUCAACUGGCACUACCUCCAAUGGCCACCUCCAGGCUGACCAUAAAUCAUUAAAAAGGAACGAUAAUUCAAAACUAAAUGCUUCUUUGCUACUCUGUUUGGUUUUUUGGGGAAGCAGGAUACUAUACAAGCAACAGAGUUUCUACUUUCUCAUUAAGAGAAUAGAGGACCUAUUGGAAAUUGUAUCCCACUUUUUCCAAGUUAACAUUCUGAAUUCCUAAUUUAUUUAUAACCUUUCAA